GAAAUGGUACUAAGUUUUCAUUUUGGCGUAAGUCCUCCAGUUUGAACCCAAUACGAAGUCGUAUUUUUAGUCUGGAAAUAAAAAAUAGUCUGUGUUUUAGUGUUUUUCGGGGCUUUCUAUAGAGCUUUACGGACUAUCUAGUCUGCAUAAUUUAAUGGUGCGGUUCAUUUCGUUCCGUUCACAUUCGCUACAGUACGUUCUGUGUUUUAAACGCUAUGCAUGUAGGACAAAACAGGUCCACUCUGUCACUCAUUUUGGAACUGUCCUUAUUUGGUAGUGGUAGUGGGUUUGCAGUUUUUACUGUUGCGCCUGUCUAAUUUUCAAUGACUAAAUCUUUCUUUUUAUUUUAAUUGCUUGUUUUACUUCCCAACUCAAGACUCUACCAUACAUUCAACUAAAGCAACACAAUUUCAAAAAACAAUUAAGACAAAUCGGCUUCAUAAUCCUAUGACAACAGUACUGGUUAAACCUUUUAGAGAAAAAGGACUAUAUAUCAUAACUUGCAAUGCAAAUCAUGUUGCAUUACACUAGAUAACCUCUGAAUCAUAAUUUUGCAAUGUAAUGAAUUAGUGGCCUGCUCCCAGUUAACUAGGGGCAAGUCCUAUUGAAUAACUGCCGCAGCAGAUAUAAAGUACUAUACAAUUUAAUGUAGGCUACUAAACGUCUCUCCCCACUAAACGUCGUGUUAUUUAGAAAAGUGGUGGCCUACAACUGGAUAGUGCUUUAUCUAAUUUCUAUGAGCUGACAUUAUCUCACAAAAAAUUCACUAAAGCUAUUAGCCCUUGCCAUAUUUGUAACAUAGGAAGUGUGUCUUUCAACACUUACAUAGAUAAUUAGUUUGUGGUUGAGCUGCUGUCAUGACUGUCAAGUAUUUCCUUUUUUUAAUCUUUAGUAGUUCUGUUGAAUAAUUAGGCUAUUGGCAUGCUCUCUCUGCCUGCUGUAAGUCGCUAGUCCUCUGUAUUAGCAGAACUUUGAACCAGGAACGACCUGCCUUUAGCCUGUGAACAGCCAUGUUGCUGUACGUCUUCCAUGUCUCCUUGCUUCUUUCCACCAUCCCUAUCACUCCCCAGUGGGGAGCGCUGGGUGACGCUAGCCAUUCUGAUUCUGGAAUGUCAGUGGCUGCUGCAGGGCCAGUUUUCCAGGGCAGGGCUUUCACCGUGGUCUGGAACAUGCCCACUCUGCGCUGUGAGAAACGCUACGAAGUCCACCUGGACCUGAAGGAUUUCGAUAUUUUGGAGAACCAUCGCCACAGUUUCAAGGGUCAGAACGUGAGUAUAUUCUACUAUAACCAGCUGGGGCACUACCCAUACAUCUCGCAGGAGGGUCUGGAAGUCAAUGGAGGGGUUCCCCAGAGGGGUGACCUGCAGGCCCACCUGGCACUGGCGGAGACCCAGAUCUCAGCCCUGCUCAGGCCGGGCUUCAACGGCCUGGCCUCUAUUGACUGGGAGGAAUGGCGUCCCCUGUGGGUGAGGGACUUUGGCAUGAAGCAGAAGUACAAACGACUGUCUAAAUUGCUAGUGAGGCGGGAACACCCAGAGCUAACCAAACAGGGAGUGAACAACCUGGCGCGUAAAGAGUUUGAGAAGGGUGCCAAGGCUUUCAUGUCUGAGACACUGCGCUUAGGAGUGUGUCUGCGCCCAAGGGGACUUUGGGGUUUCUAUGGUUACCCUGAAUGCUUCAACAACUACUUGAAGCAUAAAGGACGUUACACAGGUCAAUGCCACCCCAAGACCAAGCAGAAGAAUGACCAGCUAGCCUGGCUCUGGCAUCAGUCCACUGCCCUCUACCCCAGUAUCUACCUUCCACUCCAUCUGGCAGGAUCCUCUGAUGCAAACAUCCUGGUCAGGUAUAGGCUGCUGGAGGCGCUGAGGGUGGCGAAGCAAUACCCUUUUACUAGAACCCAUUCAACUCCUGUACUGCCCUAUGCCAGACUGGCAUUCACCCACACUCUGCAGUUCCUCAACAAGACAGACCUGGAGCACACACUGGGAGAGAGUGCAGCGCUGGGGUCUGCAGGAGUUGUACUGUGGGGGGAGCUAACGUUCGCUAAGUCAAAGCGUCAGUGUGAGGUACUGAGGGACUACAUUCAUUCUCAACUAGGACAGUACAUCAGGUCCUUGAAAGAAGGCGUGCAGCGUUGCAGCGAGGAGCGAUGCCAUGGCAACGGGCGCUGCGCCAGACGGGACCCCUACUCUGAUCACAUGAUCCCCCUAUCUGACCCCUUUUCCAACUUCCUCCCUGACCCAUCUCUUGACACCAGCUACCUCCGUGUUAACUUCCUGUGUCAGUGCUAUCAGGGCUGGGUGGGUGAGGAAUGUCAGGAAAAGAGAGCCUUGAUCACUAAUACUUAGUGGAGCUGUGUCACAAAAGUAUAGCCUCUAUCACCAAUAAACAAUAUAAUAUCAGCUGUUUAUUUAGUGUACAGUGGCAUUGCAAUCCCACCAAGUGUAUCAAAGAGAAAAAAGAGGCAACUGCCAAAGCUCUUUCUCGGCAUAUUCUUUCUGUACAAUUCAUUUCCACUCAUGUUGAAGUUGUUCUUUUUACAAUGAAUUUACACCCUUUCACAUGCAUAUAUGUAAAAGAGUACAACUUCUAAAUCUUCUGCUGGUUACAGAUGGAACUUUUAGGGUCACAUGGAUAUGUCAAACUUGAAUCUGGAAUCUUAGUUGUGUGAAUAUAUCCAUUUUCAUUUGAGGAGUGUGAUGCUGUUAUGUCUCUCAAAAUGUUAUAAAGUGUUCAGUACUCCAACCAUAUUGAAUUGAGUCUCUUUGUUCACGUUAUUUGUCUACAGUAGACCAAACCACUGACAGUAUAUACUGUGUCUUUGGAAAGUAUUGUCCAUAUUCUGUUUGUUAUGGACUUAAUUUAGAAUUAAAACAUGUUUCCUAUCAAUCUACACAUGAGAACAGGUUUUUACAAUUUUGUGCAAGUUUUUUUUUUAAAUAUAAAAUGUAAAUAUCAUAGGAACAUUAGAAUUCGGACAUUUUAUUCAGUACUUUGUAAAAGCACUUCUGGCAGCGAUUGCAGCUUUGAGUCUUCUUGGGUUUGCUUCUACCAAGGGUGGGGCAUGGCACCGUGGGGGUGGGAUUAGCCAGGUUAUAAGCAGUACCUUGUUUUCGCCAGAUGUAGCACUUUGCAUUCAGGACAAAUAGAUUUGAGAAUCCUUUUCUUUAUUCUUAUGAGUCCUUCAGCCAGAAUUUUACGUGCCUUAUACUCAGGAGAGGCUUCAGUCUAGGCACUAUAUCAUUAAGGCCAGAUUUGGUGUACUACAUGAAUAGUUGUCCUUCUGGCAGGUACUCCCAUCUCUGUAGAGAAUCUCUGAAGCUCUGUUAGAGUGGCCAUUGGGUUCUUGGUCAUCUCCCUGACAAAGGCUCUUCUUGCCUGGUUAAUUAGUUUGGCCGAGUGGCCGGCCAGCUCUUGGAAGAGUCUUGAAGGUUCCAAACUUGUUCCAUUUCUCAGUGAUGGAGCCCACUCUGGUCCUGGAAACCUUCAAUACUUAAGCAAUUUUUAAAAAUCAUCCUAAGAUCUAUGCCUCAGCAGAAAUCUAUGUUGAACAUCUACAGAGAGUUCCUUGGACUUCAUGGCUUGGUUUUUACUCUGACGUGCACUUUGAAGUGUAGAAUCUUAUAUAGACAGGUGUGCAUUUGUAAAUCAUGACUAAUCCAUUGAAUUUGCCACAGGACUUCAACUCCUAGAAUGUUCUCAAGGAUGAUGAUCUCAAGGAAACAGCAUGCAUCUGAGCUCAAUCUGGAUUCUCAUGGCAAAGGGUCUGAGUGCUUAUAUAGAUAUUUAUGUUUUUUGUAAA